UUCAGACCUUUUUUUUGCUUCUAACAUGGUGAAGAAAGGAGUGAAGAAGAGAACAAAGUAGUUCCUGGGGGAGCGAAGACCGCUGGUGACCAUCACCACCACCGCCGCCACCAGUUCUUGCGGCCACCCACGUCCACCAUUCACAGAGAGACUCAAGAGGCGCACGGCAGCGGAUCCCAGAAAGGAGCAAGGGGAGGCAGCCGGCCCUUCCGAGGAGUUAUGGAUGUUGGUGCAUUCACUUCUGGUCAGAUCCGCGCCCCGAGGGAGCUAACCAGUGGCCGCCACCUCCAGUGCUCUCCUAGCCUUGCACCGGGUCUUACCCUUCCAGUAUGUUCCUUCUGAUGAGACAAUUUCCAUUGCCGAGAGUUUCAGUACAAUGUGGAAAUGGAUACUGACACAUUGUGCCUCAGCCUUUCCCCACCUGCCCGGCAGCUGCUGCUGCUUCUUGUUGCUGCUCUUGGUGUCUUCCGUCCCUAUCACCUGCCAAGCCCUCGGUCAGGACAUGGUGUCCCCAGAGUUCAACUCCUCUUCUUCCUCGUCCUCCUCGUCGUCGUCCUCCUCCUCCUCUCCUUCCAGUGCGGGGAGGCAUGUGCGGAGCUACAACCACCUCCAAGGAGAUGUCCGCUGGAGAAAGCUAUUCUCUUUCACCAAGUACUUUCUCAAGAUUGAGAAGAACGGGAAGGUCAGCGGGACCAAGAAGGAGAACUGCCCGUACAGUAUCCUGGAGAUAACAUCAGUGGAAAUCGGAGUUGUUGCCGUCAAAGCCAUUAACAGCAACUAUUAUUUAGCCAUGAACAAGAAAGGGAAACUCUAUGGCUCAAAAGAAUUUAACAAUGACUGUAAGCUGAAGGAGAGAAUAGAGGAAAAUGGAUACAAUACCUAUGCAUCCUUGAACUGGCAGCACAAUGGGAGGCAAAUGUAUGUGGCAUUGAAUGGGAAAGGAGCUCCAAGGAGAGGACAGAAAACACGAAGGAAAAACACCUCAGCCCACUUUCUUCCAAUGGUGGUACAUUCAUAGAAGAAGGCAAUGUUUGUGGAUACAGCAGAACCAAAGGCUCUUUUGUCAGAAAUAGUUGGUAAUCUUCAUGAAGACAGUAGCUCAAAGGCAAAGACACAUUGCAGACAUCUGCUUGCUUGAAAGAAAGGAAGCCUUUGAAGGUGUUUGUACUCACUGCUGACAUAUAAUGUUCUUUUCAUUCAUUCUGUGUUAUGCCUUAUAAUCGAGAUGU